AAGGACAGACCAUUCUAAUUGCCUACAAAUGCCAGUUGCUCCGACCACAACUUUUCAGUGUUGAUCAACAUGGAAACAAAUUGGAACACUAAUUAAGGAACAGGGAGAAAGGGAAAUGUUAAUUUAUUUAAAAUGUUUCCUUUAAUAUUUCUGAUUAUAUGUCAGAAUGUUCCAGCAUGGAUGGGCAAUCCAGUUCCAAAUAUCAUGACAUCAUACAAUUAUGACGUACAUCCGGUCAUUAAAUGUCCAGAGAAUGCGAGUCAGUGGAGUCUAGCCUCAGACAGACUGAACUGUACAACAGACGAUACUCAGAAAUAUAGGUAUCACUGCAUGCCAGAAAGAGGCAAAGGGAGGCUACUGGAGUUUUGUUAUCCUCGAGUGCGCUUUCCUAUGCUACCAGGUUUUUGCAUUGUUUUAUUUAAGAAUGGAUACAUGUCCAAAAACCAGGACACAAAUUGUUCAGUUUUUACCAAUAACAGUUGUCCUAAUAAAAAGUACUACAGUGACGAUAUGUACAAGUACCCAGCGUGUUCCCAGAUAAAUCCGCAACACCACUGCUAUAAGUUUGAUCCAUCAUGUCCUCCAGAGGAACAAACGGUGGAUCCAAGUUUUUCCAGGGAGAGUUUGUUUUCUACUAUCACUACAUUUGCAAAUCCAAACACGGAAACAACAGCAGCUAGUGGAAAUGAUGCAUACAAGAUCGCAUUACCGGUGGUUUUUGUUUUAAUUGCUGUCUGCUGUGCUUUGAUCUGUUGGUGCAAUAGACAUAGAAUACUUAAAAAAUGGAGUACAUUUCGUGGUAUCAGAAAUGUUGAAAUCCAAAAUGAAGAAAUGGAAAACUUAACCAGAGGUGAACAAACCGAAGAAUGUAAUAAUGAAAGUGCUGAACAAACAGAAGAAAAUAAUAUUGAAAGUGGUGAAGAAAGCUUUAUUGAAAGUAAUAUUGAAAGUGAUUUUCUAAAAGAGUGGCAGUCGGAUGACAAGUUAUUUUACGACGGAAUCACCGCUGUUGAAGAACUGGAAGAGCGUCUAUUGAAGAAUAACAUAAUCAUGGUUGUUGGAGGACCUGGAAUCGGUAAAACUUCUCUUGUUCGUCAUAUUGCCCUAAAAUGGCAUAACCAAAGACGAGAGGAAACUGGUAAGGAAUUGAAAAGUUGGAAAAUAUUUGUGAUAUCGUCAUUUGAAGAACUUGAAAAUAUUUAUAAUGCUAACAAACAAUCAAAGGACCUACAAAUAUAUAUUUUUGAUGAUCCAAUCGGCAUUCAUGCUUUAAGCAAAAGGCAACUUUCAUCUCUCUUUGUCCUUUACAACAAUGAAAAGUUGUUUGUGAAACAGACAACUAAAAAACUUUUGAUGACAUGCAGAAGAAUAAUUUAUGAGGAGGCAAAAGAAAGCAUGCCUAAAAUUGAAUCUUUUGUCUUGGAUAUUGAAAUGGGCAAAAAUAAAUUUACAGAAGACAGCAAAGAAAACAUAUUCAAGAAACACUGUGGUUUAGUGGAUUAUUCACCAAUUAGUUUGCUUCCCAACACAAUGUUUCCGCUUCUUUGUAGACUUUAUGCAAAGCGCAAGGAUCAAAAUAUUAUCGAGUUUUUUACAAAACCAUUUGACUGUCUUCAAGUAGAAUUUGAAAAUAUGAUGAAUCAGGAUCUCCAUAUGUAUUUUGCAUUAGUCCUGUGUAUGCUUAACAAAGGCCAACUUCUCACAAGGGAAAAUAAUACAAAUGAAUUAUGCUUAAUAGGGAUGGAAGUACUUAAAAAGUAUUUGGGCAAAGGAUGGUCUAUGAAAGGCAUUCAAAGAAAACUUGUGAUUGCCACUGGAACUUAUAUAAAAAUAUCAGAAUCCAAUUUUGUAUUUAUUCAUGAUUACAUGUUGGAGAGUCUUGCCAUACAUUUUGGAAAAAAAUGUCCCGAUCCUAUUAUAGAGUACAUGAGUACUAGCUUCUUACUACAAUUCUUAAAGAUAGAUGAUGCUAUAAAUUCUAACCAUCCUUGUAUUGUACUUCAACGUGACAUUCAUGAAAAAGAUAUUUCACUGCUUGCAGAAAGAGUAUAUAAGGAUAUCAAUCAGUUACAUCUUAGUAUUUUCACACACAGCUGCUGGGAAUCCCAAUUUUUUCAACAAAAACUUUUAGCUUUACUUGAUGUGAAAGAAUAUAUCGAUAUUUGCAGAACAUUCUUGGUAACAAAAGAUUGUCUUGAAAGUACAGAAAAUUCUCAGGAUUUCCCAAAAUCUACUCGCUUAGAAUCUGGUACUGCUGAGUGGUAUCGAAAUGAAUUAUUAUGGUAUAAAGUCUACAAUAAUGAAUAUGAUUAUUCUUACGACAUCAGACCUUUGCGCUGGAUUGUUGCAAAUGCACGAACAUUUCUUCUGCGAUAUUUAAUUUCUAGGGUUACUGAAAACAACGAAAAUGUCUCUGAAAUGUUCGGAGACAAUGAAGAACAAAGUCUUCUUCUUGUUUUGGCUUGUUUUAGUCGUGAUCAAGAUAUGGUUGAAACUGUGUUCACAAAUAUCAGCAGCAAAGACAAUAUCAAUCGCUCUUGUGUAUCUAAGAGCGUCGAGGAAAAGUAUAACCCACACCGAGAAUUCACACCCUUGGCAGCUGCUUGUUAUGCAAAUACUCCUUCAAUAGUGCAGUAUUUAAUAGAUCAAGGGGCAGAAGUGUUCUUUUCAUCAGAUACAACUGACACAUCGCUCUUAUACAGGUCACUGUGCUUUCAAAAAUACGAAGUUUGUCAUGCCUUGGUAGAUGGAGGUGCGAAUCUCAAAAUGAAAGAUGAAAAACAAAGAACGUUAUUGCAUAUUUUGGCAUAUCAAGGUGAGGGGGCAUUGUCUUUGAUGAAGAAAUUGAUACCAAGAGGACUAGAUAUUAACGAAAAGGAUAUAGAUGGCAAGUCACCUAUUUAUUAUGCAUUUGAGCGAGAAAGUGCACUUUCAUUGAAAGCAAGGGUGGAUGAAAACAAAGAUGACCUAGAUUAUUACAAGUCAACUCUGGCAUUACUUGAAGAAGGUGCCAAACCAGACCUUUGGGAUUCUCAGUGUAGAUCUCCGAUAUACUCAUUAUUUGAUCGUGGACAAAAAUUUAGAAAUAUUUUACCAGAACUGGUAAAAAAUGGAUUAGAUGUAAAUUUCGUGGAUAAAAUGGGAAAUUCACUUCUUCAUUAUGCAGUUUUUUCGGGAGAUAAAACUUUUGUCAAAUGUGUUUUGCAAGCCAGAAAUCUAGUAAGAAUUAAUCAACAGGAUAAGAUGGGUAGAUCAGCAUUGUAUAAAGCAACAGAAAAAGGGUAUUUAGAUAUUGUAGAACUUCUGAUAGAACAAAAAGCAGAGGUGAAUUUGACGGACAAUAAAAAAUUCACCCCUCUCUAUCAAUCAGUCGAAAAAGGCUUCAUUAGUGUGGUUAAAGUUCUAAUUGAAAAUGGAGCAAACGUGAAUGAAAACUAUGAGAGGAAAAAAAAGAAUGCUACGCCAUUGCAUAUAGCAACUAUUAACGGGUUCACAGACAUUGCAGAACUUCUAAUAAUACAUAAAGCCGAAGUAAACUUGACAGAUCACGAAAAAGUCACUCCACUUUAUCAUGCAGUGAAAAGGGGCAAUUUACAAUUGGUUGAAGUUCUAGUUGAAAAUGGGGCAACUGUGAAUGAGAAAUAUGGGAUGAAAAAGAAUGCCACGCCAUUGCAUAUAGCAGCUAGAGAAGGUUACUUUGAAAUAAGUGAAUUUUUGUUGCAGAAUGGAGCUGACCAGUCUUUGAAAGACAAUGAAAAUAAAUUACCGAAAGAUAUUGAUUCUGAUGAGGGACAUUACUUACUCGAAAACCUAAUAAAGUAAAUAAUUUCUUUAGAAACGUUCAGAAAUGAAUUACUGGGUGACUGAUACAUCUGUUCUUUUGCAAAAUGUGAUGGUUUAAAUCAAAUAUGGUUUAGGGAUAAGAAUAAUACCCCGGGUAGGUUCCAUAACUCACUGAUAGCAAGAGCGAUGUGGCUAUACUGUUGCAUUUGUUUAUUAAUACGAUUCUGCUUGAUUU